AUGCGCUCUUCCUUGCGAUGGGGAAUGGUGUUAGUUGCCAUUUGUUUGUUCGUUUCUUUUACUAUGCAAGUUUCUGCAGAACCCUGGUGGAAGAGACAAACUAGUUCUGAUUCUGGGAACAAUGGUGGUAGUAAUGGUGGUGGUAAUAGCACUAACACUGCAGCAAUCCAAAUGACGACACCGGCUGUCACUCAAGGAAAAGCAUUAUUCAAGAUCGGAAGUAAAGUUACAUUCGGAUGGAAAUACCAAACUACACCGAUCAUAAAACCUCAAGCUCUUAAUAUUUUAUCGCUAGCAUCAACAAAAACUUGGUAUACCAUUGCUCAAAAUAUUUCUGCGUCGGCCACCUCAUUUGAAUGGAAUACCGCCGAUCAAAAAAAUCCUCCGUUGGUAAUGGCCGAUUAUACUUUAUAUAUUACUGAUGAGCGUGGUAAAGACGCUCCAGCAACUGCUGGUAGAUUAGGAAUAUUCAAUGGUCUAGUGUUUUCAAUGUAUUUGCCGCAAUCGUAUACCCCAUUAGAUGAAUAUACUUGUGCUACUUGCUAUAGUGAUGGGUCAUUUCCGUUCGUUCCUAUUGCUAUGACAUUUGCCGUGACGGCUAUAACCGUGAUCUCUUUUAGUUUCUUUAUGAUCUGA